AUGCCCGCAGCUCCUCAAGCAGGUCCUCCCCCCUCGGGGAGUCCUACUUAUCAAGCCGCAUCCCCAGACCCAGGACCGUCCAACUUGUCGUCCUCGAGGUUGCGCCCCAGCUACCCCUGUCAUGAGAGACUCGCCCGUCGCAGUCUCUUCCAGUCCCGCCACCUUCUGCCACACGCGACACCGAUACCGACGACGCUCUUGACCUUUGCGGUCCUGCACUCAUCCAUGGCCACAUCAACCGUCGCUGCCAUGGGCGGCGACGGCGACGCAAGAGGAGCGACCCAACUCAAGUACAAUGGCACCGGCGCGACUGGCGCCAAUCCCCUCGAGAUGGACGUCAACAUCUGGUAUGAGCCUGGAGAUAUCGCUUGGAUGCUCACGUCCACUGCUCUCGUCUUGUUGAUGGUUCCUGGUGUCGGCUUCUUCUACUCGGGUCUCGCCCGUCGCAAAUCUGCCCUCUCAUUAGUAUGGCUCUCAGUAAUGAGCGCAUCGGUAACAUGCUUCCAAUGGUUCUUCUGGGGCUUCUCUCUCACCUUUUCUCACACGUCGGGCCCCUUCAUCGGUGACCUGGCCAACUUUGGUUUCAAAGAUGUCCUGGCCCGGCCCUCGGUGGGCUCCGCUCACGUCCCGGAUAUGCUCUUCGCCGUCUACCAGGGCAUGUUCUCCGCCAUGACCGUCGCCCUUGCUACCGGCGCCGUCGCCGAGCGUGGCCGCAUGCUCCCAUGCGUCAUCUUCAUCUUUAUUUGGGCUACUAUUGUAUACGACCCCAUCGCCUGUUGGACUUGGAACCCGAAUGGAUGGUCUAACAAGAUGGGUGUGCUGGACUUUGCCGGUGGCACCCCUGUGCAUAUCGCCUCGGGCAGCGCUGCCCUGGCCUACUCCAUGAUGCUUGGAAAGCGCCGAGGCCACGGGACACACGAGCUCAACUACCGUCCUCACAAUGCGACCCACAUCGUGACGGGCACCGUCUUCCUCUGGGUCGGCUGGUUCGGCUUCAACGCUGGCUCCGCCCUCGCUGCCAACCUGCGCGGUGUCAUGGCCGCCUUGGUCACUAACCUGGCUGCUUGCGUGGGGGGCAUUACUUGGUGUCUGCUGGAUUACCGCCUGGAGAGGAAGUUUUCGACGGUUGGCUUUUGCUCUGGCGUAGUCGCAGGGUUGGUCUGCAUUACCCCUGGCUCCGGCUACGUUCCUCCUUGGGCUGCUGUCAUCUUUGGUGUCCUCGGCGCUUCUGGCUCCAACUAUGCCACCAAGGUCAAGUUCCUCCUCGGUAUCGACGAUGCUCUUGAUAUCUUUGCUGUCCACGGCGUCGGUGGUUUGAUCGGCAACAUCUGCACCGCCUUCUUCGCCAGCCCAACUAUCGCAGCCCUCGAUGGCCACUCUCGAAUCAACGGCGGUUGGAUUCACCACCACUGGGCGCAGAUGGGGUACCAGCUCGCCGACUCCUUCUGCGGAGGCCUAUACUCGUUCAGCGUCACCUGCCUCAUCCUGUUCAUCAUGAACUUGAUCCCCGGUCUCCGACUACGCGUCUCCGAAGAAGCUGAGAUUCUGGGUAUCGACGACGCCGAGAUUGGCGAGUUCGCCUACGACUACGUUGAGCUUACUAGGGAAGUGGUCAACGACGUUGAGGGCGAGGCCGGCAGCCGAUAUUCCGCGGACCCCACAGCGUUCCAUCCCUACGAGAAGCACAGCAUUCCCAUGAUAGAUGCCCGCAUGUUUGGCGGUCAGCCUCCGCCUGCUCCUCUGGGGUUCCCCCAGUGA